UCAUACACAGUGUUGUAGGUUGAAAUUGAAUGACGAGCCCUAGUCUUGGCCGUUCAUUUCCUGCCGGCGUUGGCCGGAGAUUAGGGCGGCUUCCGCAGAAUUCAGCCACCCCCAUGAGAAUCUCAUGUUCGACCUCUCUCCUCCCAAAUAAGUUUAAAAGGGCGUACACUAGUGUGAUGAUAGUGCCAACUGGAGUAGGAGCGGCCAUUGGCGGCUACGCCGGAGAUGCUUUGCCGGUAGCUCGAGCUCUGGCCUCUGUUGUCGACUGCCUCAUCUCUCAUCCCAAUGUUCUUAAUGCAGCAAUGCUUUACUGGCCAAUGCCAAAUGUGCUAUAUGUUGAGGGCUAUGCACUGGAUCGAUUUGCUCAAGGCCUUUGGGCACUGGAACCAGUUCAUCAGAAUAAGGUGGGGCUAGUUCUUGAUUAUGGGAUAGAGGAAGAUCUUCGUCUUCGUCAUUUGCAGGUGGUGGAUGCAACAAGGGCUUCUCUUGGUCUGCCUGUUGUAGAAUAUACUGUCACAGAUGCUGCACUACAGGUGGAAAAGUGGGUUGACCCGAAAACUGGAAAGUCGACUGGUAGGAUAAACCGUCCUGAUUCCCUAUUGAGGGCUGUGGAAACGUUGGUGGAGAGAAGUGGCGUUAAUGUCAUAGCAGUUGUAGCUCGCUUCCCAGAUGAUGACGAUGACGAUGACGAUGAUCUAGACAAGUAUCGGCAAGGAAAGGGAGUUGAUGGUUUGGCAGGAGUAGAAGCGGUGAUAAGUCAUCUCGUGGUGCAGAAAUUUGGGAUUCCUUGUGCGCACUCUCCUGCAAUGUUGCCUUUCCCAGCGAGCCCUCGUUUAUGCCCCAAAUCAGCUGCGGAAGAGAUAGGGUACACGUUCCUACCGUGUGUGCUUGCUGGUCUGAGCAGCGCCCCGCAGUACUCAUUAUCAGGGGAUUCGAGGAAUGGUAUAGUAGGUGGUGACGUGGACAGUGUGAUUCUGCCGAUUGAUGCUUGUGGAGGAGACGCAGCUCUCGCGUUUGCUACUAGGAAGACAAAGAGGCCGCUUAUAGUUGUGGUUGAAGAGAAUGAGACUGCGCUGAAUGAUACACCUGAGAAACUUGGGAUUUCUGCGGUGAAGGUAUCGAAUUACUGGGAAGCAAUAGGAGUGAUUGCAGCUCAUAAAGCAGGAAUCGACCCCAAUUCUCUCCGGAAAGAUGGAAUCACUUUCAUACCAUUCACGUCUUCUUCAAUCCAAUCAAAUGCAGUUUUGCCACACAACUCCUUGUGCUGAUUGAUUCAUCUAUUUAUUUUGGCUUCCUUCAACCCUACACUCCACUCACCCUACUUUCAUCACAUUCUCUCUCUCCCACUUUAUCAAUUCGAUAUUAAAAUC